CUGGCAUACUACACAGGCCGGUUGGCAUCUGCGUCGUUCGACCAUUCGGUUCAAGCUCGUCCGGUCCGAACGAAUUGAAUCGACCUUAGCUUGAGUAAAUAUCAUAUUCAGAGUUUGAAUUCAUACCUCUGAUGUUGUUGAACUGUUGUUAUUUGAAUAAAUUAAUAAAACGUUCAAGAAUUUUUCCGAUUGGAUUACAUUGAACACUGUUCAAGUUCAUUUCGUUGUUCAUGUCUCGGGUUAUUUUGAUCGGGUUUCCGCGCUCAGCGUUUUGACAAGUGCUCGUUUAUUUGGCCAGCCAUUUUGUAUUCACGAAGAAAGAACUGUGACAGACAAAAAGUACGCGGAAAAACCAUUUUCUUGUUUAUUAUUCAUUGUUUUGGCGGAAAAGUGAAUAAGAACUUGUGUAAUAUACUGUAUUUACAUUAGUGAAUUGGACUGAUAUUCGUUUUAUGCCGGAUUAUCGGACAUGACGCCAACUUAAGUGUUUCAAGUGGGAUUUGUUUUAACGCGUCUUUUUGGAGAAAUCUCAGAAUUCACAUUUAUUGGAAGAAUCUAUUCCUAAAUAGUGGUUGAGUGGACGAUGCACGUAAAUCAUGGCUACAAAGUUAGAACCUGAUUACCCGUUACCUUCCACAAACAAUGAUUCAGAUGGGGAGGAACAAGAAGAUUCAAUAGAAGAUCCCGACCCAGAUCAAGAGGAAGAAGAUCCGCCUCCUCAACCCUCAAAUGUCCACACUCUUCUGGAAAGGCUUCGGUCCACUGGAGCUCUUAUAAAGAAACCCGUUAAGCAGGAACACCGGUGUUUCACGUGCGAAGAGGACUACCCCGACUGGGAAAAGCUAGAGAACCAUCUGAUUCAGCACGUCUCCCUACCGUCCAUCGUACUCGACAAGCUGCCGUCCGACGACGAGUAUGCCCCCUCCGGCGACGAGUGGUUCGACGAGGACCAGCCCUCCCCACCACCGAAACAGGACCUCCAGAAAACGCCACAAAAAAUAGAAAUAUCACAACUCCUCAAAAAUACCGGCAUCUCCAUCAAAAAGCCCGGGGAAAAUACUUCCAACGCCAAUUCUGAGUCCGCAUUAAGCAAACUGAGCGGCCUCGGCUUCACUAUUAAAAAGAACACGACGCCGAUAAAAGAGGAAAAACCGGAUCCUUCAUCUGCUAAUGACGUCAUGCAAAAGCUGGGCAGUCUCGGAGGCAUCAAGCUUAAAUUGAAAUCUGAUGGCAACUCAAACUCGUUCAAAGUCAUAAACGGCCUUAAAGACUUUAAAACUUCUGAUGACGAAGGCCAAGAGAGCGGGAACGAGGAUGACAACAAAUAUGAUGCUAAAGAUUCUGAAGAAGAGCCUGACGAUCAGGAGCCAUCAGGGGACGAACAAGAGGAGAAAAGUCCCCCCGUCAACGCAGGCAAGCAAAUCAACAGCCAGGCUAAUCUUAGAAAUAAAAAAGUUAUCAACGUGACCAAAAUAAUCCCGCCUAAAACUGAGGCCGUCACGACCCCGUCUCCUGUCAAAGUUCAGCUCGCAAAACCAGUAAGACCAGCCGUUAAACAGACACCUAAAAGGGGCGCGAAUUUACCCCUCGCGGCACCUACCCAAGGGAAGGAUAUUUCUACAACCUCAACCCCUGAGCGGCGGGACUCGAAUGCGAGCCAUACGAGCGCGGAAAAUGUCACCGUUAAGCAAGAAGUGGUGGAUACGUCGGCGGAACAAUCUACGGCUGGAACACCCUUGUUCUCAGUCAUUAAGUCUGAAAGAGCCUCGCCGCCUCCUCUGGGAGGAAAUGCAGCUCCUCUGCUUGAAAGCACCCCUGUUAUAGCUAGAAUCAAAUCCGAACCCGAUGCGGGCCCCGCCGCCGCUCACUCCCCAGCCUCCACGGCAUUCAGUCGAGCGGAAACUCCCCUUCUCCCCGUAACGAAGAAGGAGGAUACCGGAGUAACCGUAAUAGAAAUCAACGGUGAUUCUGGCGACGACGAUGACGACUGUUGCGUAGUAUCAGCCACGCCGGCUUCUGAUGUUAAACCGCCUUUGAUUCCGAAAACUGAACCGCCUUCUUAUCCUCCACCGGCAUACCACACUCCACAGUCUAGCUACAGCUCCACACCAGUCCUGGCAUCAACUUUAAGUUCAAUGGCAGGUGGUUCAUCUACUGAAAAACAGCAUUCUUUCAACUGGAACGCACCCGACACGAAACCGGCAAUCGAUAUGCUUGAAAAAAGUGCAGACGAAAUAUUCGAGAGCCUUCUCUCCAGUGCUACAAAAAAGGAACAUUCUCUGUCCGAUGCUAGCGAAUACAUAUCUUUAGACACCCUAGGUCCCCAGCACUCCUGUGACGUGUGCAAUACUAGAUUUACAAAUAUAUCGCUGCUCGACGAUCAUAUAAGGAUGACGGGUCACACGAAAAGUCUCGUCGCGCCGACUUCCUCGUUGAUGCCUUACAGUUCAGCGGGAGCGAAUAGUAUUUUAUCACAGCUGCUGCCGGUGAAAUGCUUGGCGGAUCAGGUCGGGAAGCUCUCCGGAAUGAACAGCGGCCCCGGAUUCACGCAUCAGCAAAACGUCAUGAUCAAUAUUCAGGCUUAUCCCGGAGGAGGGAUGGGGCCACCCCAGGCGGGCUACACCGCGUACCCCCCCGGGCAGAACGCGUACCAGCCCGGGUACCAGCAAAUGCCGGGGAACGGCAUGUACGGGAACGCCCCCGGAGCGAUGCCGGGCCAGUACCCCGGCCAACACUACACGGGCGGGUACGGUCAGCAGUCAUCGAUGGGCUUCCAGGUGCCGAUGUCGAAGCCCGGCUUCUCCCCGGGAAUGCAGCAGAACUCGUACACGACCCCCUCCUCGCCCUACUCGACCGCCUCGCCGAUUCAGAACAUGCAGCAGGCGUACGGGCAGACCGCGCCCGGCUUGAUGAACCCGCCCAUGGGGCAGAUGGGGCCGCCCGGCUCCUCGCCCGCCCACCCCUACCCCGCGUCCAGCCCCGGCGGCAUGAAGCCCCCGACGAGCGCCUCCAGCGGCAUCCGCAUACAGAACGUGCAGACCUUCCCGCCCGGCCAGCUCGCCCCGGGCGCCGCGCCCAACACGCAGAUGCCGGCGCCCGGGCAGAUCAGGAUGGCGGCCGGCGUCGGCGGCGCAACACGACCCCGCAUGCCCGUGCGCGGCGCGCGGCCCACCAUCCGCGCCGGCGUGCAGCUGCAGCGCGGGGGCAAGGCCGGCCCGCGCAUGCCCAUGAAGCGGCCCGCGCCCAUGCCCGGCGGCCCCGGCCUCAAGCGCCGCCCCGACAUGCUGCUCCCCGGCAAGCACGACAACGAGGACUGCCAGGUCAUGGCGAUGCAGAAGCAGCGCGAGGGGCUCCCGAUGAUCUCGAGCGUCCAGGGCGCCAAGGACAAGCUCAGUCUCGGCGGCCAGAUCUCCGUCACCAAGAAGACCGUCAACAGGGAGGCGAACGCGAUGGCGAACGUGCUCGCGUCGCGCGGCAUCAGCAUCAAACAGAAGCAGAGGAGCCGGUCGCCGACGCCGGAGCGCCCGAUCCCGCACAUCCCCAACCUGGGCGCCGGCGUCAGUAUUAAACACACCUCCAAAUCUAGCACCUUCUCGAUUCCCGAGGCGCAAGUCGGCUCGAACAUGCACACGUGUAAGAUCUGUAGGAAGAUGUUUUCAAAUUCGACCUCGCUGUCGACGCAUAUGGCGGCGGCGCAUCCCCAGAGAGGAUUCAAAUGCGACGAGUGCCCCGCCUCUUAUCCUAAGUCGCUCCAACUCCAGCACCAUAAGCGAGUGUUCCACAACGUUAGCGGGCCCAAUCGGGAGCUAGGUUUGCCCGUGGUGGACCUGUCUCAGGAGGAGAACUUGCAGAGAUUAAGUAGUUUAGGUAUAUACAGUUUUAUUCCCCUAGCGAAUCGCGAGCAGGCGGGCGGGUGCUUCGGCAUUCCGGUGAUAUCGGUGCACAACGUCAACAACGGUAUGACGUCGAGCCUGCAGGCGCUCGGGGCCGACGGCCUGCUUAGUUUAGGACCUUUAAAACCAUUACCAAACACGUAAGUUAAGUAGAUAUCUCAUUUAAUUUGUUGGACUUCUUGAAAAUAUGAGUUAUAAUUUUACAAGGCAACUUUUAUUACAUAUAUGGAAUGAUU